AUGUCGACGGCCAUCACCUCUCUCUGGUGGCCCGAGGAUCGCGUGAAGGCCACCCUUUGUCCCGAAUACGUCUUUAACCACCUACCUUCGAACAUCUUGCACCGUCUCGUCAACCCCUUGCCUUGGGGAGAGGGUCUGACUAGCGAGUCUUACUUAGACUGGAUCCUCGCCAAGGCCGGUAGAAUCUUCCUGAUCCUCGUGGAUAUCGGCAUACCGGAGCGCAUCUUUGCCCUGGUCGAUGAAUCAUUAGAUGACACGGAUUUACCUUUGUCGGCACCGAGUACCACUCGACUUCCUCUCGCACCUGAAGGGGACAACGCAACUGUUGCCCACAAAUUCUUUCUCGCUCAAUGGCGGUUCACGGUACGCGGUAUCAAUGAAGGCGACCAUAUCAAGUACACUCAGAACGAGGGUGUCCCGGUGGAGCUUCUUCGUACCGGAACCUCUCUAGUGAGAGAGGGCGUGGAGAAGGUCGUUCUAGCUGGCUUCAAGUGCCGUGUGCUGUUGCGAACGCAAGUCUCUAUUGGCGGCGCACCGCAUUUCUUCGAGGAGAACGAGGUGUUGGAAGAAAUCCGCUCUCUGAGAAGGCUAGCCCACGAUCACGUCUACUCGAUCUACGCCUCCUACUUUGUGGAUACCACCGUUUGCAUUCUUUUCUCGGGCGUAUACGAGCGAACGCUCAUGUCAUUCCUUACCGACGUGCCUCAACCUUUCAAGCGCCUCGCCAAGAACAAGCGUCGAGAGAUAUUAGUCAAUUGGCCACAUUGUCUGGCUAAUGGACUGUCAUGGUUGCAUGCACAUAGCCAGGCCCAUAGCCUGAUUUCUCCGUCGAACAUCCUGGUUGACGCAGACUUUCGGAUUUUCUUGGGCCAGUUCGAGGCUCUCGACACUCUUCUAUCCCCACUCAAGCCGGACGACGUUGAAACCUACCAGUAUGGUGCGCCCGAGCGAUGGGUGCGCUCAGUCAGUAUUCAGGACACAAGCGCACCAAGCCCAAACAUUGCGCUCCCAUCAGGGGGGCGUUCGGCUCGCAAACAGUCGUCCCGUCCAGCAAUGCUGAGCUUAUCUAGAUUCAGGGGCUCUCAACCGUCGGAUCAGGAUACAGAAAUACACGCGGAGUCUGUUACGUCGCAGGGAACUGCCAUACGUAUCGGCCUACGAGGCUCACCUUCUCGGAUAUCUUUCACCAACUCAUCUUCCUCUGGAUCAAGCGUUGGGAGCGCCCGCAAGCGCGUGGUAUCCUCCAUAAAACGACCGAUGUUCUACACACCGUCCAUCACUUCGUCCAACUCCAAUUCUUCUAGAUCAUCAACCACUCCUUCUACUACUACAUAUGGCCAGUUUGGCUACCCAAUCAUCGGUUCCAACGCCGCAAUUGUUCAUACGUGGCAAACACGCCAGUCAGAUCCAGAAGCCUCGGACAUAUUCUCACUUGGAGCAGUAUUUCUAGACAUCUUCACUCAUUUAUGCAAGCGCAAGCUCUCUGCUUUCUCACACCAUCGAGGGGCCAAGAACCGGACCGCUGGCCGCGGUGGCGGCGUCGCCGACUGCUCAUUCCACCUCGACCGAAACGCCGGCCAAGUGAGCUCCUGGAUCGCCCUACUGGACAACGAUGCGAAGAAACACAAGGAUCCCAUCUUCCAGGCUGUUCGACCGAUGCUCACCGUCGUGCGAAGCAUGCUAAACAGAGAACCCAUGAGCCGCCCAUCUGCUUAUCAGGUGGAGCAGCUUCUGGCCCACUCACUUCAGAAAUUGGACGGAAGCUGUAGCCUCCACUGUACUUCCGACCUACAAGUCCAUGCCCCCAGGACCAAGAAUCCACUCCGUCUAGGCGCACAAGCAGCCUCGUCAGCAGACAGACUCGUCGUCCCGCGAGCAAAGCCACUAGGGGCCAGAUCCCCGUCUCCAAGUAGUCCAAUGACUGCCGAAUUCUCAUCUACUAGCUCCGGAGGACCCGUGAGCCUCCGUCCCUCUCCUUCAGCCUCUGCCUCGAGUUUCAGUUUGCCUGAUCAGCAAUACACGGACACCUAUAUAUAUAGCAGCGACACAGAUCAAGAGUAUGAUAAAUACAGUACCUCUUCGUCGCCCGUCCCUUGGCGUGACCCAGAUCAUGGUCUAAGUCCGGCAGCACAUAACGAUCCGACAUGGAAUUACAGCAUCGCUCUAGGGAAGCAUUAG